AUGGAGCGUGGUGGGCGCCGUUCCCCGAACUUGCACUUGAAUCUGUACAACUUCCAGGAGGGCCAGGACAGCCGCUAUGUCCUCACCAGCCCGCGCUCCCUGGAAGCCUGCGCACGUCUGGGGAUCAGGCCUGUCGAUCUCCUUCCCAGGUCACUGGAGGAAGUGGCGGGGCAGCACUCGAAUGCCUUUCAGGGGCAGCUGAACGAGCUGUGGGAGGAAUACGAGGAGGAGCGGAGGAGGCGGCUAAGGCUGUGCAAGCAGCUAAGGGCAAAAAUAGUGCAGGAGGAACCCAGAGCAGGAGGGCCCCAAGCCCCAUCUGCAGGUAAAGGGGCCAAAGAAACAGAAAAUGAUGGGGCCCAAGUGAAGCUCAGAGACUACACAGCAGUCCCCUCCUCAUAUAAGGGGGAUACAGACUGUACCAUGAUGUAUUCCACUCAGACAAACACUAGAAAAGCUGCUGCCCUUGAGAAAGAAAGAAAUGAACCAACAGCACCCUUCUCCUCCAAUCGGUGGGCCCCUAAGCUUUCCUUGGUCGGCCCCACACCCCCUCGACCUUCUGACCUGAGGAGAAGCCUAAGCCUGGGGGAUCUAACGGACCCUGAGAUCCAGGUCAGACAGCUGGCUAGGGAUGUGGAGAGAGAAGCCAGGGUUUGUGUGUCUCAGAGAGAUAAGAAGAUUGCAGCUCUGAUGUUAGUCAGGCACCGGGAUGAAAAUCUGGCCCAGCAGAGGAAGCUGAAGGCCCAGAAAGCCUGGCAAGAUUUAUUAUCCGAAGAGCAGAGACUGAAAGAAGCAGUGAGUAAACCAGACUGGAUAAACCAGCAGCACGGGAGAAUUUGUAAGAGAAGAUCAAGGAGCUCCAAUGAUGACUGGAGAGGGGACAUUACCACCGAAUACUUGAAAGAAAAGACUGCAGACCUAAAUACUGGGCUCAAUGUUGGCCUGGAAAGAUCCACAAGCAAUAUGGAUAAGAUCCACAUAGAUGAGUUGACACAUGCAACUAAUGAAGAAUUUAACAAUACUCUCUUUGAAGAGCGCAUGUCACAGGCCUUCAAGUUCCGGCUGAUGAAAGAAUUGCAGAACAAGAAAAAUCUGCAGGUGAAGAACCAGUAUGAAAGACUAAGGCACAACAGGCUGAAAGAGAAGGUGGACAUCCAAGCCAAAGCUGAGGAGGAAUUUAUGAGGAUGUCAAUCAAGCAGAAAGAGCUCAAGUCUCAAGAGCUUUAUGGGCAGUUGCUUGUGGAAAAGAAUAAGGAACUGAAGGAAAAAGCGGCCAAAGAAGAAGAACAGAUGUUUAUGGCCAAACUUAGGGCCGAGCAACAGCAAAAAGAGCAGAUAAAGCACAAAGCCAUGCUGGCCAAGCUCACGGAUCAGAAAAUCCAGCAUGCUAAGGAUUCCCUGGGGAGGAGCAUUCAGAUUAAGGCAGAGAGGACCCGAGAGGUGAACACCAUGAAGGAAAAAGUCCACCAGCUGCUGAAAGAGAAAGUCGAUGAAGAGGACAAAAACUACAGAAAGCAGAUGAAAUAUCUGAUCAGGAAAAAGGACUCAAAAUGUCAUAAGUUGCUCAAAGAAAAGGAGGCCACGGUCGAACAGGGCAAGAAAACGGCAAUGGCUUCAUUUCAGAUGAGGGAAAGAAUCAGAGAGCAGACCAGAAGCAGGACCUUCGACCAAAUGGUGAGGCAGGCAGAGAUGAAUGCAAGUCUACUCAGAUACCCCUCGUAG